CGAGACCGAUUUCUCGGCAUUAGACAGCACUCCAGUUGUAUGUACUUAUUAACUCCAUGGUCCCAACUGAUUUGUUCUGUGCGAUCAUCAAGAACUUUGACAUUAAUUUAACAAAAUUUUAUUGGACAAAUCUGCAAUUUUAUUCUUUACGCCAAUAACAAUUUUUCUAUUUUAUUGUUGUGACCACGUUUUGAAAACCGAAACAAGUUACCGACCUGUCAUGGCUGCUAAGUUUUCAUAAUUUACGUGUGUGACAAAUUGAAGCUCUUCAAUGUUGAUGAAUAUGUAAAUUAUCGUGAAUUUUAUGCUAAAUAGUAAAUCAAAGUAACUCCGCAUUUUAACAAAAAUCUUGUACCGAAAGAUUGAAAUCGGGCACAAGAACUGAAGGAUUAAAAAUCAGAUCGAUUUUGCUCUGCUGUUGACUGAGUUAAACCAGGAUCGAAGACCUCACCAGAAAAGCCAAGCAGUGGUAUUCAAAACUCGUCUUGUACCAGAUAAUUAAUGGAAAACCAUAGAAUCCUUACAUUUCGAAUUGUAAUGAAGAUAACAUUCGGUGAUUUGAUAAUUUUCUGAGACCGAAUAAUUGGUUUUAUUGUGCUACGCUUUCCUGUUGAUGGAGCCGUAGUGCCAGUGAGCCGCUGCCGAAGGAGGCCGCACUCAUAAAGCCCGGACCAGAAUCGACAAUAUCGGUUCAAAAACGAUCAACUGUACCCCAUGGAGACCAUUCUUAAUAGCCAACGAAAUUAUCUCAUCGGAAACCGCUUCACAAGCAAGAUAUUCCCCGGCCUGGUACCUCACAUCCAGUACCACCUCUGUCGCUCCAACGCCAACAUGCUAUGGAAAAUCGAAAACGAGCUACUUCAAAGCCAUCGUCAACGGGAAACGACCGGCAUCAAGAAACUAUACAACUCAUUCUUCGUUCUAUUUUAACCGAACACUAUAGAUACACGUUUUCAUAAUCGCUUCAUCAUUCAUUCAUUAACUCGUUCAGUGACUUUUAAGUGAAGGCGCUAUGGCCCGAUUGUGAUGGAAUAUACGGAAUAUAGAGACUUUACAAUGCAUGACGUACGUAAAGAGGAGUACGGCUGGGAAUCUACAGUUAGACUCAUGGUCGGGAGGGAGGACGAAUUGGGCAUGUACCUGGAGGAGAGCAGGGAGGGCAGGAAGCGGAAGUGGCAGCCCGAGAAAAUGAGGCGAGACGGCAGCGAAGAUAAAGAUCAGAAGAAGGUGCCUCCGAAGAAGAUCAUGGCUGCCCUAAGCGAGAUAGGCGGGAGCGGCACAAGCUCCUCAUCCUCGCAUUUGUCUCCGGCAUGGCAAGUCAACGAACUCGAUCUGGACUUGCCCGUCGAACUAUCAAUGAACGAAGCGCUGUUGUCGCUUCCAUCGUUGGCGGUGUUCAAACAGGAGGCUCCGUCCCCGACGGGCGCGGUGCUCUCGCCCCCCCGCCGCCACUGGCCCGUCCCCCGACGGAACGACGAUCGGCAGAUGACAAGCAUGGUUGUCGACGGAGCCCGUGACGGCAUGGACGAGUGCCAGCAGUCGCCUUCCCACAACGGAAACGCUAUGCAGCAUGGAAGUCCCGACGCCUUGCAGUGCCAACAGCAGAUGCCGCCGAGCGCCGUCAUGCCAAUGAACGGUUACCAUUCACCAAACGAACACGAGAAUAAAAACGCUGGUCUGCUGAUCUGCUCCCCGGUGGGCUCGCUGGAGGGCUACCUGCACUCUCCACCACACCUGCAGCCGCGCUCCGACUCCAGCUUCAAGGAUGACACCAGGUUCCAGUACGUUCUGGCCGCAGCGACUUCGAUAGCAACCAAACAGAACGAGGAAACCCUGACCUACCUCAACCAAGGCCAGUCCUACGAGAUCAAGCUCAAGAAGCUCGGAGACUUGUCACAUUACAAAGGAAAGCUGCUGAAAAGUGUCAUCAAGAUAUGCUUCCACGAACGCCGCUUGCAGUACAUGGAAAGGGAGCAGAUAGCGCAGUGGCACGCCGAGAGACCGGGGGAGAGGAUCGUAGAAGUGGACGUGCCUCUGUCGUACGGAAUUAUAAAAGUGGAACAAUCCACAGCACUGAACGCGCUCCACGUCUACUGGGACGCCACCAAGGAAGUGGGUGUUUAUAUAAAGGUGAACUGCAUCUCAACGGAAUUCACAGCCAAGAAGCACGGCGGCGAGAAGGGAGUCCCAUUCCGUAUACAGGUCGAGACUUAUCUCGCGAGCGACGAGAACAAUCGUCUGAACGCCGCCGCCUGCCAGAUCAAGGUAUUCAAAUUGAAAGGCGCCGAUCGCAAACACAAACAGGACAGGGAGAAGGUGCUGCGCAGACCGAGGGCCGAUCUGGACAAGUACCAGCCCGCCUGCGAGGCCACUGUGCUGACCACGUUGUCACACGACGCGCUGAUGCCGCCGCCCUCGCUGGUCACCACCUCGCCGUCCUACUCGCCAGAGCUGUGUGUGACACCUAAAUCUGCCUCGAGCCCUAUCACUACCAAGCCGAUUUCUCAACCAGGUAAACAAGAAUACUGUCUGCUUGAUGCUAGGUGUUCACCGUCGCUCAUGGACGUCGAUGACGCCAGGAGUAGAGCCUCUACCAAUAAAUACUUCUUUCAAACCUUAAUUGAUGAAGACCAUAUCGUAGCACUCGGCAAGUACUGUGAAGGGGAUAUCAUUUCACAGUUUGAUGCCAUCGUUGGUACUACUAAUCAAAUGAAGCCGCUGUAUUGUCAAGAUGCUGGUGAGAUGAAGGUGAGCAGCCCAACCUGCCACUCCCCAGGAGCUAUCCUGCCUGAUCUACCACAGCCUGCUGAGGAACCAGACAAGAACUUUGGAUUAUCAAAAGAUGCCACCUCCGCCGAGACUCAGGUGUGGUUGUCCCGACAACGGUUCAUGCAACACGCCGCCACGUUCGCGAACUUUUCCGGGGCUGAUCUGCUGAGACUAUCCCGUGAUGACAUUAUCCAGAUCGUCGGACUGGCUGAUGGCAUACGUCUGUUCAACGCACUUCACGCCAAACGCAUCUCGCCGCGCCUCACCCUGUACGUGUGCCCGCCCUCCUCCGACGUGCACUGCGCGCUCUACCUGCACGCGUGUCGCGCGCACGAGCUGGUGCACAAGCUGAACGCGCUGCAGGGAGCCGGCAGCAAGGAUUGCGAAACCGUAUUGGUGUCCGGUCCGAACGGCGCUCGCGUCCGCCUCACCGACGAGCUGGUGCGACAUCUGCCAGACAACUCGACUUAUCGCCUCAAGAGACUCGAAGACUGCAAUGCUCUGCUCCUAAGCGCCACCACCGGCAACUGACAAACCAAGAUGAACUGUCUGUGUUUGGGAGUGGACCAUACAACAUUAUUCAAUUGUCAUCGGUUCACGAUUCGUCUGCAAUCCUGAUCAUCAUCAGUGUGUAAUGCGUAAGAACACGAUAAAAAACAAACGUGUGGCACUCGGGAACUGCCGCGGUAAAGCUAUUGCAUAGCAUUUUUUAUCAACUUAUGCAAUUAUAAUUAGACAAUGAUAAUUUAAUAUUAAAACAAUAAUAAAACAAACCACGCUAUAUUAAACAUUAAUAAAACCAAAAUCUAGACUGUCCCCUUCACACUCAUAAGCUAGAUCGCGCGAGAGAGAGAUGGGCAGACUUUCAUGAUGCGCAUGUAGUGUGACGUCACGCCACGCGCUUAUUCACAAACACUACACAAGCGCAACGUGUGAAUGUGUUGAACGUGAGCUACAUGGUAGGCGGAGUGAGGGGUGUAAGGUUUUUUUCGUUACGGAUUUUCAUGAUUCGGUCGCCGCGCUCAAGGCCCGCGAUAAAAGCUAUGCAAUAGCUUAAAAAAAAGAAAGGAUUGUGUGGUUUUAUGAAAGCACGGUAAAAGUGAAACUUUUUUUCACAUUAUAGACAUAUAACUGACAAACAACAUUUACAUUAAACACUGACAAAAACAAAAACAAAAUAGCGUGGAGCACUGGUACAAAUGAGUUAUAGUCUAUACACUACACGGUCAGCUGCUGCGAACUAUAGGCGCCGCCAUAUUGGCCUUGGCUGCUCUGACGAGCGCCUUUCACUGUAUCCCUACUCCGCGGCUGACCGUCACGCGACAUGCAACACACAGACGAAAAAAUUUGAGACGAUGUAAUAAAAGUUUCACUUUAAUAACUGUGUUAAGUAAUUAAGACGCCGGUACUUUUAAUAUCAUUAAUAAUGGCUGAAGACUACCAUUCUGCGUCUUAUCUUCCACUCUCAGCUUACGGUUUGAUGGCAGGAAAGCCUGUUUUAUAAAACAAUUAUGAUUUCGAUUAAGAGGGAUGUGUGGCAGCUUAUAGUGUCUACAGACAGACCUAUGAGAACACGUGGUUGGACCUGAUUUGGACUGCACGUCUAUCAGAUUCGACAAUCAAGUCUGCGUACACAUUGUGUAAGCCAUUGAUGAUACAAGUUCUAAGCAAUUAAGUUUAUUAUCUUGGGACUUUACAAACGAUUUGUUCUAGUUGGAACAUUUUAAUGAGUGUGUGAUGAUGGAUAGUGAACAUUUAAAGUGGGACGGGUUGUCUACAGUUAGAAUGAUCACUAAAAAGGGGCCAGUACAUAUACAAUUGUGUCUUAUAUUUCACACUAAUUCUUCACCACAUAUUUUUACUAAAAAAAUUAUGUUAUACUCUUAUAUAUUUGUGCAGCUGAGAAUAUUUUAAUUAGUUUUGUGUUUAGAAUUUGAAGGUAUUAUUGUAUGUUGAUUAUAAUCCAUACAUGAGUCGUCUAUUAUCAAAGGUGGCAAUCUGUGCAUUUGGACAAAAAAAAAUUAUUGAUAUGUCAAUACAGAUUGAUUUGAAUAUAAUCAUCUCCUUCAAAGAAUACGGUUCAAAACCUGCAUUAAAUAAAGGUUAAUACUUAACCUGUUAUUUAUCUAAGAUGUCGUUCAGAAGAGUUUUGUGACUGCCAAUGGAAUACAAAGUCAAUAAUUCGUUUUUCUGAUUUACCAAUCAUUGUCCAAAAGUCAGAUUGCCGGCUUUGAUAAUAGUCGACUCACAUGUUUGAUGUUUUAUAACAAAAAUAUUCUCAUCUGCGUAAAGUUUAGUUUUAAGAUUUAAUAUUGUGCAAUUUAUUAUUAUUAUUAUUAUUAGGUUAUAAAAAUGCGUUGUCAUACAAUCUGUUUUUAAGGCAGACCAUAAAACUAUUCGUUAUUUAGAGAAAUAAUUAUUAUUUGUUAAGCGUCUGAACCUUUAUCGGACGUAGGUGAAAGCCAUGGUAUAUCAUAUAAUUUAUAAGUUCUUAUAAAGAUUUAAAUGUAAAAUAAGUCUUAGUAAAUUAAGCAUCAUAGAAAUUUUUAUUUUUUUUAUAGAGAAUGAGAAGAAGUCUUUGUAAAGACAUUAAAUAUAGAUCUAUAGUCGGAUUUUUAAUUAGACGAAGCCAGGUGACAGUAGCUAAUGUCACUUUGUGAAAUAAUGUUGCUAUAUUUAAAGUAAUAGUGAUGCGUUCAGUUCUCGUUCAAUCACAUGAAUGAACAAUGAGUGUGAAGAGUUAAUCAUUAAUUUCAAAGUAUAAAAGAAUAUUAUUUAUAUUUUACAAUAAAAUUGUAUUAAAGUGCUCCAAUAUAUGUUACUAGUAGUAUGUAACUACAAUCAGUUUUUUUAUUUUCAUUACCUACCUAUAAUUGUUAUAUUUUAUACGUCUAUAAUUUCAACUAUAUGAUGUAUUAGAAAUAGGACAGUCUUACAAGCUUCCUCGCAAUGUUUUUCUUAAUGUUUAAAACACUCGGUAUUCAGUACAGGUAGAUACUAUAGGAACAUAAUAUUUCGUCGAAAACUCGUUGGUAUGUACAAAGCACGCCUAAAAUUCGAACCCCGUACUCGAUAUCGGCAAUUCGACACACCAACUAUUCACUAGACAAUCGAGGCAAUUUCAUUAAUUCAGGAGUUUUUUCAAUCGUUCACUUUGUCACAACACUAUUUUAUUUCAUCAAAAACUGACAACACAGUAAACGUCAGUUGACUUCGUCUAAUAAAAAAUCCGACUAUAUCUUAUAUUAUUUUGUAAUUUCUCUACAUAUUGAGAUACUUGUUGCUUCCUUGAACAACGUAAAAUUUGUGAGGACAAAAAUAUAUAUUCAAUAAAACUCACAAAUUGAGAUGAUUUCUAAAUAUAUCUUGAAUGCCUAAAAUUUUGGUUAAAAAAUAUUUUUUAAGUUUGGUAGCUAUAACCUGACGUUGUUAUUUUAUUUAGUUUGCAUGUUUUUUAACUAUAAAGGUUUAUGUUCAAAGAAUACACUAUAAAAAAAUGUUUUUGGCAAAUCUAAAAUUUCAAUAUAGUGUUUCGGUAACUAAUUUAAUUGGUUGGUAUUUUAAUGGUCGAAGCAUUGUUCCUAUGCAUAUUUCACUGUAGUGCUCCCUGUUAGAACAGAUAUGUUAUCGGUUUGGGACAAUUUAUUCAUUUGUUAGUUGAUGGCUUGUUCGUUCCAUUGACUGUAUGUAUUGUAUAUUAUUUAUCAAUGUUCCAAGUUCCGACACUACAAAGCUCCAUGUAACAAACAUAAUAAUAUCGACGCUUGAAAGGCAAACGUGACUAAGCGACAAUGCUUGAACUUUACAGUAGACUAAUUUAAAGUUGAAAUACCUGAAAACUAAUUUUAUUUUAACGAAUCUAGCUGUAGUAGAAUCUAGCUAGUAGCUGUAGGAUUGAAAUGAUUUUAAUAGACCUAGAAAUAUAUAUAUUUUUGCGCAUCGAAUAUGGUUAUUGCCUAUCAUUUAUGUACAAAGCAGCUAUUGUCGCUUUCAUGUUUGCCUUUCAAGCGUCGAUAUGUAGAUCGUAUCAUUAUCGUUAUCAUCUGAACCAGAGUGCUAAAGAUUAUUUUCUUGCCACCACCACCAAGAAAACAGAUUUUCAAAGAUAUAUAUAGAAUAUUGUAAAUUAUAUUAGACGGAAAUUUUUUAUUUGAAAAAAAAAAACAUAUAUUCUGUAGUUUAAUAAUUUCAAACACUUUAGUUUUCAAAGUGUGAAUUAAACAUAUUUUUAGCACUAGUCGUAAGGUAUGUUAGUAUAUACAGAGGUGCCUUGAGAAGUGCCUCAAACGCGCGCUUGUUGCGAUUCGGAGUAUUAUGAAUAUUUAAUUUUAGGUUAUUCUAAGUAUUUUGGAGCACUAACAAAUUUCCUGUCACAACUCGGCAGAAAAUAUUCAUAAAAAUGUUUUUUUUUUGUGAAUCAAACCUCUCAUAAAUCAAUUGCAAAUAAAAUUGUAAAUAAUAAUCUUAAAUGUUUUUGUACUUUCUAGAAAACAUUAAGUAAGUAGGUUUGAUUAUUAUAAUAAUGUUGUAAGGAAAUAAAAAUUCGUUUUUUCUGUAAUUCUUUUGCCGAGCUGUGUUUGCAAAUAGGAAUUUGUUUUGAUGUUGAAAAAUUAGACAUGUUAUUCUCUUGAAUUAAGUUUUUUUGUUAUCGUUGCAUGUAUUAGUUGUAGUCAUUAUAUUGUUUGUGUAAUCGAUUAAUAAACAAGUUUAUAAA